GGGAAUUGUAGUCCCGUCCUGUCAACGCCUUCGUUCACAUGAUCUGGCCUGGCGUUCUCGGCCUGCCGCCUUUCUCUUGCUUGGAGUGACACGUCAGACCUUGCGGCGCGUGCAAGGGAACCGGCCUGUUCCAACCCCCCAUCGGGGUGGGGGAGAGGUAAUUCUGGAAACUAUGGACAUACUCUUUAGAAUAAGAGGAGGCCUGGAUCUUGCAUUUCAGCUGGAUACUACUGAUGAGACUUCGGCGAAAAAGGCAGUAAAAUACGUUUUCAGUGAUCUGUCGACCAAACUGUCUUCAAAUGUACUGGUAUUAAGAAUUUGCCAUAGUUCAGUGUAUGUAUGGCCUAACAGCAAUAUGAACACAGUUCCAUCAGAACUGACUGAUAAUUCUGUUUGUAAGGAGAUCAUACGAUUUAUUCAAUUUGACCAAGAAGAUGAGACCAAAAGAAAACUUGCAAAAAAGAAGGAUAAAAAGUUCCAAGAUACGAAGCAGAUAGUAAAUGUAGACCUUAUGUUGGAAAUGACAUCUCCUUUGGCAGCUGUAGCCCCAGUCAUUGAAAGGGAAAACAAGAGACACCACUACGUUAACAUGACCUUACCAAUUGAUGUUGUUGUAUCUGUUUCUCCAGAAGAGCCAUGGAGGAAUGUACGAAAUCUCCUGGUGAAUGCAACUCAUAAGCAACUAACUGAUAUGGAAAGAUGCAUUUUGAAAUAUAUGAAGGGAACAUCCAUUGUGGUACCUGAACAAUUUCACUUCAUGCUACCAGGAAAAAAGCACCUUGUAACAAUUUCGUAUCCUACAGGCAUUUUAGAUAAUCGUCUAGAGACUUACAGAAAGGAAUUACAUGAACUGUUCCAUCUGCCCUCUGAUAGACCAUAUUUAAGAAGAGCGAAUGCUUAUCACUUUCCAGAUGAACCGUAUAAAGAUGGAUAUCUCAGAAAUCCACACACAUAUCUCAAUCCACCUGGCAUAGAGGCUGGUAUGGUGUAUUUGGUACAUGGUGUAUAUAGUUAUCAUCAUUAUAUGCAGGAUCGGAUAGAUGAUAAUGGCUGGGGAUGUGCCUACCGGUCUCUGCAAACUAUCUGUUCAUGGUUCAAACAUCAGGGUUACACAGAGAAAUCUAUACCUACACACAAGGAGAUUCAACAGGCACUUGUUGAUGUUGGAGACAAACCAGCUGCAUUUGUUGGGUCGCAGCAGUGGAUUGGCUCUAUUGAGGUACAACUUGUAUUGAACCAGUUAUUAGGAAUAACUUCAAAAAUACUGUUUGUCAGCCAGGGUUCUGAGCUAGCGUCUCAGGGAAGAGAACUUGCUAAUCAUUUCAAGACUGAAGGAACUCCAGUUAUGAUUGGUGGAGGCGUUCUGGCUCACACAGUACUAGGAGUGGCAUGGAAUGAGGUUACAGGACACAUUAAAUUUCUGAUUCUAGACCCACAUUACACUGGUGCAGAAGAUCUGCAUGUUAUCUUGGAAAAGGGUUGGUGUGGAUGGAAGGGCCCAGACUUUUGGAGCAAGGAUGCUUAUUACAACCUCUGCCUACCUCAGCGACCAAAAACCAUUUAAAUUCCAAUUGCAAAAAAUCAUGUUAAUCCAGAAUUUAAGACUUGAUAUAGACAGAGCUGGCUUAUUUAAAAUAAAAUGCAUAAGCUUUAGAAAACUUACUUAUUUUCAAUUUAAAUGGUAUUUUGUCAGUCAAAAGUAGUUGAAAUAAAAAUGCUAGUUGAAUUCUUUACACAGCAAUUUAAGUAUAAAAUGUCUUUUUAAAUAAAAACAUCAUCAAAAAUGGAAGAAUAAAUCAGAUUCAACUGCAUUCUUGUAUAGACAAGUUUAAUUAAAGGAGUUUCUCAAUUGCCAAAAUUAAGAUAAAGGUAAUCUAAUAUUUGUAAUGUCUCUUGCUUUCUGAAGGCUCCUGAAGUGCUUUACAAAUUUAGGGGCUGGUCCUUUAACAUUUACUCAUGUAAGCAGCUCUUGCUCAUAAAAGCAAAGAUGGCUCAUUAGUAAGAUGUGCAGAAUUAAAUGUGACUUUAAACUGACCUAAACUAUCCUUAGAGCGCCAAUAGACCCCUCUCUGUAGUGAAGUGUGGUAACUGUUUGACAGCAGCCAGUAAUAUCACACAACGACGUGAUAGGCAGGGAAUGCCACUUAACAAAAUGUUAAUCUCCUAUAGCACUUUGGAUGGAAGGAGCCAGAGAGAAACACUGUAUGUGCUAAGUAUCAACUUUGUUUUGCUAUUUACCAGAGAAGAAACUGCCCUAUUAUACAUAGUCUACAAUUGAACACACACACACACACACACACACACACACCCCUCUGUGUGAAUACCAAGUAUUCUAGAAAAAUGUCUUCUUCAAGAAGCAAAAGUAACCAAGAUUUCCUCCUCCUCAGAAGGAAACAGCAGAACAUCAAAUAUUGGGCUGCUUAGUUCAUAGACCAAUAAUGUUGUUUUUUGCAGAUUUCAGAUUCUUCACAGGGUUACAGAUUUUCCCACUUGCAGUCUAAGAUGUGAUAUCUGUUCAAACAAAAGAGCUUACUUUACAAAAUAGAAGUAUACAUCUGGAUUUAUCAAAACACUUGGCUAUAGUAUAGGAUGGCUGUUUAAUGCAUCCCUCUCUCUUUCUACCUAAAACCUAGGUAGUUGUAUUUAAAUUUUUUAAAAUGUUGUUUUGUGCAUUUAAUUGAAUUUGAAAUUUCCAUCCAAGUAGAGAUUAAUUUUUUCCUUGUGAUUUGUGUCAAUCUAGUAAGAAGUUAAGAUUUAUGCUUGAUUAAAUGAAUAUGUAUAAAUAUAGCACACUCUCCUGGUUUGCAAAAAGACUAUAUUUACUUGCAAAUCAACAUGUUUUAAGGGGUUACCAAUAAGAAUAAACCUUUAACUAAAAAUAAUUAAAAGCUAUUAUUUAAUUCAAGCUUACCUUCAUGUUGAUUUUCUAAUGAUUAAAAUCAGUGAUUUAAAUAGCUUUGAUUUAAAUCCAUCCACCCUGACCCAAUGCACAAAAGUAAUUUGGCCUUUUAUUGGAACACACAUGUGUCGUGGCAGCAUGUUCUUCUAUGCAACAUUAAUAUUCUGACUGAAUAGCAGCCUUACCACAUAGGUAUAUGUGGAUGCAUUGAAGGGCCGUGCCUCACCACCACUACUACAUAUCUACUGACAAAUUCAGGUAAUGUAUUUAAAUACUGAGUCUGAGAUUUUGGUUUAAAAAUAUUCUGAUAUGUAUUAAACCAGUCCUGGCUAAGCGUUUAAUUUGUAAACUAUCAUAAACUACAUACCAUCUGA